GCCCGGCACGGCAACAGUUCACCGACGUCCACCGAACCGCCAACUGCUCGAAAAGCUCGUCGUAACCACUCAGAAACCGUACGAAACAACUCCGUCGUCAUGGCCCGUCUGUCUAUUGUGUUGACCAUUGUGUUGGUCGCCUACGUUAUCGGCUCCCCGACCAAAAGCAAAGGAUACGGUGGAGGUGGAUCUGGAUCUGGUUACCAACAGGGUGGCCACGGUGGAGGAUCUGGCUUCCAACAGGGCGGUCACGGCGGUGGCCACAACAGCGGCCACGGCGGUGGCUUCCAACAGGGUGGUGAAUACCAACAGGGUGGUCAUGGAGGUGGAUUCAACUCCGGAUCUGGACAAGGUGGUCACCAUGGUCAAGGUGGUCACCAUGGACAAGGAGGUGGAUUUAACGAAAAUUAUGGACAUGGUGGUAACCACGGACAAGGUGGUGGAUUCGGUGGUAACCACGGACAAGGUAGUGGAUUCGGUGGUAACCAAGGUGGCCAUGGUGGUGGCCACGGUAGUAACCACGGUGGAAGUCAUGGUCAUUACUAAGAAUAUUGUCUAAUAUUUUAGUAUAUUUACGAUAAUUCACAUCACAUACUGUCUAUGAGGCGAUAUAAUACUCGUCUCAAACUUCACCGCCGCCAUUAUUUGUAUUAUAUGUUUACUGUGACAUUAUUUACUUAUAAAUUAUUAAUUGUACUUUAAAUGUAAUGCAAAAGCUGUAUUGUAAGAUUAUAAUUUUUUAAUAAAAAUAUUUGAAAGUGUA